GCGCGGGCGGGGGCAGAGCCGGCGGGCUGGGCGGCAUGGGGCGUGGGUCGGCCGCUAUGCAGCCGAGGCGGAGCCCGGAGCCGGGAGCCGCAGCUUGGAGGCAGAGGCGCUCACAGCUAUGGGCCGGGGGGCCCGGACAGCUCGAGGGUCGCCGGCGUUGCUGCUGCUGCUGCUACUAGUGCGGCCACGGUGGCGGGUGUUGGGGGCUAAGACGUUUCCAGGAAACACCCUUGGAGAGCCAGUCACCCCUCACUGGGUCCUGGAUGGACGGCCCUGGCGCAUGGUCACCCUGGAGGAGCCGGUCUUGAAGCUAGACACGGGGCUGGUGGCCUUGGAGGCUGAAGGCCAGGAGCUCCUGCUGGAGCUGGAGAAGAACCACAGGCUGCUGGCCCCAGGAUACACAGAAACCCACUACAGCCCAGAUGGGCAGCCAGUGGUGCUGGUCCCCAACUACACGGAUCAUUGCCAUUACCAUGGGCGCGUGAGGGGGUUCCCUGACUCCUGGGUAGUCCUCAGCACCUGUUCUGGGAUGAGGGGCCUGAUCUCACUCAGCAGCAAUUCCAGCUACUACGUGCAUCCCGGGCCGGCUGGGGACUCCAAGGACUUCUCAACCCACAAGAUCUUCCAGAUGGAGCAGCUGCUCAGCUGGAAAGGGGCCUGUGGCCAUAGGGACCCCGAGGACAAAGGGGGCAUGGCCAGCCUUUCUCAUGCCACCCAGAUCAGGGAGAGGCGGGAGGCCCACAGGAGCUGGAGGUACCUGGAGCUGUACUUGGUGGCUGACCACACCCUGUUCUUGACUCAGCGCCGGAACUUGAACCACACCAAACAGCGUCUCCUGGAGGUGGCCAGCUAUGUGGACCAGAUUCUCAGGACUCUGGACAUUCAGGUGGCAGUGACCGGCCUGGAAGUGUGGACAGAGCAGGACCGGAGCCGUGUCACACUGGACGCGAAUGCCACCCUCUGGGCCUUCCUGCAGUGGCGCCGGGGGCUGUGGGUGCGGAGGCCACACGACUCGGCGCAGCUGCUCACGGGCCGCGCCUUCCGGGGCGCCACCGUGGGCCUGGCGCCCGUCGAGGGCAUGUGCAGCGCCGAGAGUUCUGGAGGCGUGAGCACGGACCACUCGGAGCUCCCCAUUGGCGCUGCAGCCACCAUGGCCCACGAGAUAGGUCACAGCCUUGGCCUCAGCCACGACCCCGACGGCUGCUGCGUGGAGGCUGCGGCCGAGCAAGGCGGCUGCGUGAUGGCAGCAGCCACUGGGCACCCGUUCCCGCGCGUGUUCAGCGCCUGCAGCCGCCGCCAGCUGCGGGCCUUCUUCCGCAAGGGGGGCGGCGCGUGCCUUGCCAAUGCGCCGGACUCUGGGCUCCUGUUGCCGCGCGCGAGGUGCGGGAACGGCUUCGUGGAGGAGGGCGAGGAGUGCGACUGCGGCGCUGGCCAGGAGUGCCCGGACUCCUGCUGCCUCGCCCACAACUGCUCGCUGCGUGCGGGGGCCCAGUGCACCCACGGGGACUGCUGCGCGCGCUGCCUGCUGAAGCCCGCGGGCACGCCAUGCCGCUGGGCUGCGGGCGACUGUGACCUCCCAGAGUUCUGCACGGGCGCCUCCCCAUACUGCCCCCCGGACAUUUACCUCCUGGACGGCUCGCCGUGUGCCAGCGGCCGGGGCUACUGUCGGGACGGCGCGUGUCCCACGCUUGAGCAGCAGUGCCAGCAGCUCUGGGGGCCUGGCUCCAGCCCAGCCCCUGAGGCCUGUUUCCAGCUUGUGAACUCCGCGGGAAAUGCCCACGGGAACUGCGGCCAGGACAGCGAGGGUGGCUUCGUGCCUUGUGCGCAGAGGGACGCGCAGUGUGGGAAGCUGCAGUGCCAGGGUGGGGAGCAGAGCCCACUCAGGCCACACACGGAGCCCGUGGACUCCAUCCUCCGCCUAGGCAGCCGCAAGGUGACCUGUAGGGGAGCCUUCCUGCUGCCCGGUGCCCAGCUGGACCUGCUUGACUUGGGCCUGGUAGAGCCAGGCACCCAGUGUGGACCUAGAAUGGUGUGCCAGGACAGGCGCUGCCAGAACAUCACCUUCCGGGAGCUGGAGCGCUGCCUGACUGCCUGCCAUGGCCAUGGGGUUUGCAAUAGUAACCAUAACUGCCACUGUGCUCCAGGCUGGGCUCCACCCUCCUGCGACAAGCCAGGGUUUGGCGGCAGUGUGGACAGCGGCCCUGUGCAGCCUGAAAACCGCGGUACCUUCCUGCUGGCGGUGAUCCUUAGUUUCCUGCUGCCUCUGCUCCUCGGGGCCGGCCUGGCCUGGUGCUGCUGCCGGCGGCCGGGAUCUUGGCUCUGGCAAUGCCUCUGGGGCUCAAGGAGGGCCCCCGCCUGCUGGGGGCCCAAAGAUGGCCCACGCAGGGAACACCCCCUGGGCAGCAUUCACCCCGUGCAGUUGGGCCCCACAGCCACUGGAGAGCCCUGGCCCCUGGGGACUCCUGCCAACUGUGUUCACAGCACCCAUCCGCCCAUUGCUCCACAGGCCUUGAGAACUCUGACACAGCCCAACAGCCACCGUGAGAAGCCUGUGCCCUGUAAUCCUGCCUGCACCCCAAGCAGGUCAAGUCCGGAAGCCAAGAUCCUAUUGAGAGGAGGCUCCUGAGAUGAGGAGAUUUAAAGACAGAUGGCUGCUGACAGCUGCUCCAGGAACUUGGAUCCCCCAGGGGCAGAGCCAGCAAGUCAGCUGACCUCCUGCACCUUCAGGCAGCUUGCAAGUUUCUUCCCCAAGUCGAGCUCUGCCCUACCCUUUCCAGGACUCCAGAGCCUCAUCAGAAGUUGCCCAGUGCUGUCCCUGUUCCUUAGGGCUGGAGGAUUCUGCUAGGACACACACUCCAGCCCAAGAGUCCAUCGGUCCAAGGAGCAAAGGUCAUGCAGUCACUGACCUUCUGUCACCAGGGGAGGCUGGGUCAUGCUGGGCACCGGGAGAGGCCUCUGUCCGGGGAGCCUGGAUGUGUCUGCUCCAUGUGCUUCACCCAGACCCAGCUCUGCAGGGGCAAUGACUGCUGAGCCAGAAGCCUGGACUCCAGGGCCCCUACAUUUCAGACUGAGUCCACUUCCCUGGCCCCUGGCCCCUGCAAAACAAACGAAAUCCUUGGGACCUUCCUUCCUCCCUCUUCUUGCCCUGUCUUGUCCCCUAGAUGCUUCCUCAGCCACCUCCCUCUCCCCCAUUCUUUGUCUUCCACUAGAGGUUUUGGAGUGUAGGGGUCUGCUGCAGCCCCCUCACUUUGGACAUUACUCAGCCUCUCCUGUAUUCUGUGUAAGGGGACAGAAGGAGCCAUUUUAAAAAGGACACCAAAGUAGAAGUCAGAAGAAAGACAUAUUGGCCCUGGGCCUCUGUGAGUCUUUUCUGUCUGUAAAGGCAACUCCAUGAGGCUCCCUGAGCGUCAUGAGGGGCUCGUGGGUGGAGGCCCAGGGCCCCAGAUGUACCUGGGCAUAGGAUGGUGUUGCCUAUUGUGAAUGAUCCCUCUGCCCCACCUCUUCUGCCUCUGUGGGACGUUCUCAGAAGCCACUUACUCUCCCCUCUUGUUUCAUGCAAGAGUUGCUGAGUGACCUUCUGUAUCAGCCAGCUGUUGCUGCAUAACAUAAGCACCCCAAAACUUAGUAGCUUAAAACAACUAAUUCUGUGAAUUGGCAAAUUAGGUUGCACUCAGCUGGUGGUUCAGCUGGUCUCGGCUAGGCUUACUUAUGUGUUUGCAGUCAACUCCCGGUCAGCUGGGCAGUUCUGCUUCUGGGGUUGGCUGGCUGUUGGCUAGGGUGAUGAGGAUGAAUGGGCUAUGUGUCUCUCAUCUUCCAGCAGGCUAGCCCAGGCUUGUUCACGUGACAGCUGAGGGUCCUAAGAGAGCAGGACCAGGAUUAGGGUGAGAUGAGUGAGGGACUUAAAAGGGACUUUUGGGCACAAAAAAGGUAAUCAAGAUAAGUAAUAUUUUAAUGCAAUAUUUUAAAAUAUCAAAAUUAAUGCAAAAGAUCCACGAUGAACAAAAUAUCAAAAUUUUAACUGUAGACAGGAUCAGUAACCAUGCCAUGCCAAGCCAUCUUGGAACCGCACCUUAGUCCCAACCCUGAAAGUAAGUGGAAGCUUGCAAGGUCUCUUGAAGAUUCCGUGACUGGCACAUUUUAUUUCUAUAACACUUUAUUGGCCCAAGUAAGUCACAGGGCCAGCCCAGGUUCCAGAGAUUGGGAGAAAAACUCUACCUUUUGAUAGCAAGAGCAGCAGAAUCAAAUUUCAGGGAGUGUGAAGAACUGGGGAAUUUUUGCAGUCGCCCACUCUUUCCGCUGGAGCAAAGAGGACGCAGCCCGGGCUCAGGCUUGCUUUCAUUCCACCAGCUGGAGAGAUUAAAUGAAACUCUUUUCUAAAGCUCCCUUCUGUCCUAAUUGUACCCCUGAGACUUUGAUUUAUAAAGAUGACUGAGUGAUGACAUGAAGAGGUUAAUGCCACUGAAAGAAGUUUUUGUUACUUACAGUUCCUGAGAGAAGGGGGGCAUGCCAUGCCAAGCGGGGCCACAUGGGGAUGCACUAGGUUUAGUGAGGAGGCAGACGCAGGCGCGAGGGGAGCGCCUGUAUUGCAGUUUCCACAGGAAAGGCAAGGCAGGGCAGGAUAAACAGCUCAGGACUGGCUAAUCUGAAUAAUUCUGGCUGGCACCGGGGUACAGGGGUGGUCUCUAGUUAUCUGGUACCUGGCCCUGGGGUGAGUUAGGGCGGGGGAAAUAGUGGCUUGGUGCCUGAGAAUUAGAAAAAAGGAGGUGGUUGGGGGUAUGGACUCGAGAUAGGUUGGUUUGCAUACGAAAGGCAUGUUCACAGGCCAGUUUUUAUCACCUCUAGGAAUUAGCUAGUCCUGGGAGGGUCAGUCUCUCCCCGAGCCAGCAAGCCCUCCCACCCCCCACCAAGAUGUCAAACCAUCAUGAAAUGCAGACAAUAAAGAACAUGAUUAAUACA